CAAACCAGGGGCCUAUCUCCACAUAAGACCCAUAUGUUUUCAUUUCCCCUCAUGAUAUCUGAGAUUCAUAUUCCUUUUCCCUUAUUUUCUUCCUUUUUGCAAUUCCACUCUCCAGUCACAGAGGAGACGCCAUUUGCCCCCAUUUUCUCCACCGAGCAGCGUCGUUGUGAGGUAAAAUUUCUGGAAUAUCUAUCAGUUUGAGCUUUUUCUCCAUUUGGGGACUGGUUUUUAGAUAUUUCUUUUUCUUCGGCAAGCCCAAGGGGGGGCCUUUCUCCUACUCCCAAACCCAUCAUCCAUGUCCUCCCUUCCCCUCAGAUGAUCUUUCUCUUUCCCGCCCUUUCGGGGAAUCCUGGCACUUUGCGCCGAGCCCACAAAGGGGCGCUCUUAGCCUCAGGAGGGAACUGAGCAUGCGUAAAACUCUGGCACAAGGAAAGUUCCUAGCAAGAGGUUUCUCUUUCGGUUCUUCCCCCUCCCUCCCCUGAGAGGCGGGGCGUGACCUUUGCCGGAAGCCUAGAGGUUGCCGGGAAGCUUUGCUGGAACGCGUAUCUCGACGAGACUCCAGAGUUCCAAAUACAACCUGCAAGCCAUUUGUAUAUCUUCAAAAUUGUCUUUUGGCUAAAGGGGGCUGAAUGACGUACUAUGGUCAGUCCUGAGGCUAGAGGAAGAAUCCUAUGAAUAAAAAGCAUUUGGAGAUCCACAAGAUUCCUUGAACCCAUUUGGAGUUUCAUUACAGAACAGAAAAGGAAUGGAGAUACAACUUUUAGCAAGUGAGGGAAUUGGAAAAGGCCCUUCUGCCAUUCAGCUUGGAAGUUGUGGGGAAGGCUGUUCAAGAACUGGGCAGAAGAUCGUACAGAAGGAAACCAUCCAUUCAGAAGUUCAGUUCUGGAACUUCAGGAGCGUCCAAUACCAGACUCAGGGUCCCCGAGGACUUUGCAACCAAAUCCACAACUUCUGUAGGCGAUGGCUGAGACCAGAAAAGCACACCAAAGCCCAGAUGCUGGACCUGGUUGUUCUGGAGCAGCUCCUGGCUAUCCUGCCCCCAGAGAUGGAGAGCUGGGUGCGGGAGUGCGGAGCAGAGACUAGCUCCCAGGCAGUAGCCCUGGCUGAAGGUCUCCUCUUGAGCCAGGCGGAGGAGAAAAAAGAGCAGGUUGAGUUGCAGAUCAGAGAUCCUGAGGGAAACAGGAAUCCAUCAGAUCCCCCUCAGGAGCUGUUUCUCAGGAGGAUCUCUCAGGAAAAGGACACCUCAGAGAAACAAAGGAUGGGGUUUUCUGGUGUUUAUGAUGGAGCUGAAACAGUGGUUGAGCCUCCAAAUCAAGGUGACCGUGUGUCUUUUGAAGAGGUGGCUGUGUAUUUCUCCAAGGAAGAGUGGUCUCAGCUGGAUCCUGACCAAAAAGUACUACAUAAUGAAGUCAUGCUGGAAAAUCAUACAAAUGUGGCCUCUCUGGGUAAUAAUGGGCAGGAGAAUAAAAAUUCUGAGGAGCCAUUCCAAGUGAUCCACCAUGAAGAAAGAAUAAAGAAGCGUAUAGCACAAAUGGAAGAAGAACAUUAUGAGAGAAACCAGUUGAAUAAUAGGAAUCAGGAGAAUUCAUCAACCAUUCAUACUUCAAUGCAAGAUCUUCUUCUCCAUCAAGGGACAAUAAAGAAGAAAUGCAUUGGGAAAAGUGUAAAGUUAAUCAAAGCUCAAUUGCAUGUAAAUGAACACUGUCCAGUCCAAAACAAAGGUGAAGAUGCCUUAAGUAGACACAAUGGGACUUUCCCUCUUUCUCUUGGAAAUAAGUCCCUUACAUCUCAAAAAGGGAUUGACAGAGAAGAGAAGCCAUAUAAAUGCUUAGAAUGGGGAAAGAAUUAUAGAAAAAACAGGCAACUUACUGUCCAUAAAAGGAUUCACACAGGGGAGAGGCCAUACAAAUGUGUUGACUGUGGAAAACUCUUCUGUCGAAAGUCUUCCCUUACUUAUCAUCAAAUGAUCCACAUAGGGGAGAAGCCAUUUAAAUGCAUGGAGUGUGGAAAGAUAUUUAGUCGGAUUGAUUAUCUUACUGCCCAUCAAAGAAUUCACACAGGAGACAAACCAUUUAAAUGCAUGGAUUGUGGAAAGACCUUUAUUCGGAAAAGUAAUCUUAAUGCCCAUCAAAGAAUCCACACAGGGGAGAAGCCAUUUAAAUGCAUAGAGUGUGGAAAGACCUUUGCUAAUUGCAGUCAACUUACUGUGCACAAAAGGAUCCACAUAGGGGAGAAGCCAUUUAAAUGCAUGUCCUGUGGAAAGACCUUUGCACAAAGCGCUCAUCUUUCCUCCCAUAAUAAGAUCCACACAGGGGAGAAGCCAUUCAAAUGUAUGGAGUGUGGAAAGACCUUUAUUUUGAACAGUCGUCUCACUGCGCAUCAAAGGAUCCACACAGGGGUGAAGCCAUUUAAAUGCAUGGAGUGUGGAAAGACCUUUUUUUGGAACAGUCAUCUUAUUGUCCAUAAAAGGAUCCACACCGGGGAGAAGCCAUACAAAUGUAUGGAGUGUGGAAGGACCUUUGGUCAGAGCAGCCAUCUUACCUCUCAUAAAAGGAUCCACACAGGGGAGAAGCCAUUUAAAUGCAUUGAGUGUGGAAAGACAUUUAGUCGGAAUGAUCUUUUUACUAUCCAUCAAAGGAUUCACACAGGAGAGAAACCAUAUAAAUGCAUGGAGUGUGGAAAUAUCUUUAUUUCGAAGCGUCAUCUUACUGUCCAUCAAAGAAUCCAUAUGGGAGAAGCCAUUUAAAUGCAUGGUGUGUAGAAAGACCUUUGCACGAAGUGCUCAUCUUUAUUCCCAUAAUACGAUCCACAUGGGAGAAGCCUUUUAAAUGUAUGGAGUGUGGAAAGACCUUUGUCCAGAGCACUCAUCUUUCCUCCCAUAGCAAGAUUCACACAGGGUAGAAACCAUAUAAAUGCAUAGAGCGUGGAAGGGCCUUUGGUCAGAGCAGCCAUCUUACUUCCCACAAAAUGGGAGAAGUCAUUUAAAUGCAUGGAGAAUGGAAAGACUUUUGCUCAGUCCAGUGGUCUUACUUAUCAUAAAAAAAUCCACAUAGGGGAGAAGCAAUUUAAGUGAAUGGAAUGUUGAAAGAACUUUGCUCAAAGCAAGAGUCUUACUUUCCAUAAAAGGAUACACACGGGAGAAGUCAUUUAAAUUAAUGGAGUGUGGAAAGAGUUCUACUCGAAGCGGUCACCUUUGUUCCCAUAGUGAAAUCCUCACGGGGUAGUCACAUAAAUGCAUGGAGUAUAGAAUGACCUUUUAACUAAGAGGUCAACUUACUUCCCAUUAGAUGGUCCACACAGGGAAUAAAACACAAACGCAUGGAGUGCAGAAAGUAUUUCAAUGAUGAAGUUUCCACCCUCGGGACAAACCUUACAACUGCAUGGAAUGGAGAAAGAGCUUCAAUGAUAGUGUUUCUUCUAGAGAGAAAGUGUAGAUUUCCAACCUCAAAGUGAGUGUAAGAUAGAGAUCAGAAAGAAUACAAAGUAAGAAUGGAAAUGAAAGUUAUGUUAUAAAUAGACGUAAAUAUGUAAGUAAAUAUAUAAAUAGUAUAAAAUGCAAUAUGUAAAUGGUAUAAAAUAUCAAUGACUAGGAAGAUAUAUGGUAUAUGGUAUAGUAUGUAUGGCAAAAUAACAGCCAGAAAAGUCAUACUGUUCAACCUGUUUUAAAAUGUUUACUUAAUAAAAAUUUAUUUUAAAAAAAGAUAA